AUGAAGAAACGUGUUGAACAUCUUGUCUUAGCUGAUCCAACUUUUGAUGUUAGUUCCAGUAUAGAUGUUUUAUUAGGUGCUGAUGUGUAUCCGCUUGUCAUGGAUGGUAAGCAAGUAUCUUUGGGCAUUUCUUUACCUGCAGCUUUUAGUUCCAUUUUUGGAUGGGUGAUAAUUGGCUCUGUUGGUGUAGCAAGUAAUUUGAAUGCACCGCAAGUUUGUGUGGCUUCUUUGUCAGUGUCAUUGGAAGAAUUGGUCUCUCGAUUUUGGGAGGUUGAAGAACCUGAAACCUGUGGUCCUCCUGUGACUGAAGACGAUAACUGUGAGGCCAUUAUUCAGAAAAAUAUGAACAUUGACGAUUGUGGGCGUUAUUGUGUUCCUUUGCCUUUUCGUCAUUCUAAUUCCAAGUCUCUGUUGAAAGGUUCUCGCAAGAUGGCAUUGAAACGUUUUGAAAAUUUAGAGAAACGUUUGUGUUCAAAUGAAACGUUAGCUGAAGCUUAUCGGUCCUUUAUGCGUGAGUAUGAAUCGCUUGGUCACAUGCAUGAGACUUCUAAAGUUGGUGACUACUAUAUACCACAUCACGCGGUUGUCAAACCCGGACUGGACGGUCAGGAUAUAAGGCUAAGAGUUGUUUUUGAUGCGUCAGCACGUGCACCAAGUGGAUAUUCACUUAAUGAUUGCUUAUUUCCAGGUCCUAAGUUACAAUCUGAUAUUGUCAAUGUGUUGGCUCUAUUCCGAACCUAUAAGUAUGUGUUUUCAUCCGAUAUCUGUAAAAUGUAUCGUCAGAUUAAUGUGUUGCCUGAGCAUCAAAGUUUCCAACAUAUCCUGUGGCGUGAUUCACCAGAAUGUGAUCUUAAAGAAUUUGAAUUAUCAACAGUAACUUAUGGUGUGACAAGUGCCCCUUAUUUGGCCAUUCGUGUGCUCCACGAAGUUGCCAAUAAGGCUAUUGAAUUUCCUGCUGUUCAGCUUGCUCUCCGUGCUCAUACAUAUGUUGAUGACAUAUGCUCUGGAGCGGAUAGUUUAGAAGAGGUACUCAACCUGCAGCGAGAUCUCACCGCGGUUUUGGGUCAAGUUGGGUUUGAGUUGAAGAAAUGGGCGACUAAUUGUUCAGUUUUAAGUAACCAGAUUCCUAAAGAAGAUAGAACUCUCGGAGCCACCGAGUUUGCAGAAGAGGUUCCUGGACUGUUGAAUAUCCUUGGAAUGGUAUGGAAUCCGGUAAAAGAUGAAUUUUCUUAUAUUACCAAACUGUCUGAAAAUAUCAUGACAAAACGUGGAGUGCUUUCGUCAGUCGCUCGACUAUUUGACCCGUUGGGUUUUCUCGCCCCCAGUAUUUUGUUGGCGAAAUCAAUUAUGCAGCUGUUGUGGAAGGAGAAAUGUGGCUGGGACGAUGCUUUACCAGCGGAGAUUCAACGUCAAUGGUUAUCCUUUGUCAGUCAAUUACCGUCUUUUUCAGAUGUCAAAAUUCCUCGUUCAAUUAUUGCACCACCUAAUGCCCGUGUCCAACUACUUGGUUUUAGUGAUGCGUCAUUGAAAGGUUAUGCGGCUCUUGCCUACCUACGUGUGGUGGACGAUGAUAGUAUUGUGCAUGUAUAUUUUCUUGGAGGUAAGACGAAAUUAGCUCCUAUAAAGUCUAUGUCAGUCCCACGGCUUGAGUUAUGUGCAGCUGCAUUAUUGGCUCGUUGGCUGGCUAGAUGUAAGACAAUUUUGAGUGAUCGGUUUGUAAUCAAGGAGAUAUUUGCUUGGACUGAUUCUACUAUAGUUCUCUCUUGGUUAACAACGCCUCAAGUUAAAUUUAAAAUUUUUGUCACAAACCGAAUUGGACAAGUCCGGUCCUUAGUACCUGAAUGUAUUUGGUUAUAUGUGCCGACUCAGAUGAACCCAGCAGAUUGUGCAUCCCGUGGAAUGUUGCCCUCUGAGUUAGUAUUUUGUUCUUUGUAUUGGCAGGGUCCCGAGUUUUUAAGAUGUCCGUCAGCUCAAUGGGAAUGUACUUUUCCUUGUAUUAAUGUUGCAGAAUUACCAGAAGUAGUUCAGAGUACCACUGUGGUGUUAGUUGCACAAUCAGAAGAGGAGUGGUUAGUUCAGUGGUCAUCUUAUACUCAAUCUAUUCGUAGGAUGGCUUGGAUUUUGCGAUUUUACAAACGUUGCAAUUGUCAUCAUUAUUCAUCGGCGAUCUUGAGUCAAAAGGAAUUAGAAGAGGCACUCAUGGCAUUGGUUAAGGUUUCUCAAAGAUACUAUUUUGCUCAGUUAAUCCAAGAAUUGCACAAUCAAUUGUCAAUCAAAAACCGUUAUUUAUCUAAAUUAGCACCUUUUUUAGACGACUCUGGAGUUAUACGAGUUGGAGGUCGUAUAAGACAUGCUAAUAUUAGUCAUUCUAGAAAACACCCUAUUUUGUUGGCAAAAGAAUCGCACUUGGCGUUCUUAUUGUGUCGUUAUUGGCAUGAAAUUACUUGUCAUUCUGGAGGUAAACUAUUGAUAUCUAUGAUUUCCCGCCGAUUUUGGAUUAUUUCAAUUAAACAGGUCAUUCGUAGACUUAUAUCAAAAUGUGUAGUGUGUAUUAGAAUGUCAGCUACUAACGUUCAACCUAAGAUGGGUGAUCUCCCUGCAUGCCGCGUACAACAGAGUAGACCUUUUAGUCAUGUCGGCAUUGAUUAUGCUGGACCAUUUUCUAUGAAAGAAACCAGCCUUCGUAAGUCACGUUUGUUCAAAAUUUAUAUUGCUAUAUUUGUUUGCAUGAGUGUAAAAGCAGUGCAUAUUGAAGUGGUUACUGAACUAUCGACUGAAGCUUUUCUUGCAGCACUUGAUCGCUUCGUUGGACGUCGAGGUUAUCCAUCAGACAUUUAUUCAGACAAUGGAACAAAUUUUGUUGGUGCUGAACGUCAGUUGAAGAUGAUAGUUAGCUCUGAGAAGAAUCGUGCAGCAUUGGCCAAGGCAGUUCCUAGUGUUUGGCAUUUUAAUCCUCCAAAUGCCCCGCACUUUGGUGGUAUCUGGGAAGCAGCAGUGAAGUCCGCAAAAUCUUUAUUGUUUAAAUGUAUGGGUAAUCAUGUUUUUUCUUAUGAAGAGUUUACUACCAUCAUUAUACGCAUAGAGUCAAUAUUAAAUUCUAGGCCUCUAUCACCUCUGUCUAGUGACCCCCAUGAUUUACAGUGUCUCACUCCUGGGCAUUUUCUAAUAGGUGAACCUUUAUUAGCUGUCCCUGAGCUUGAUGUUAGUAAAAGUUCUGUUGGUUUGAUUAAACGAUGGACACUGCUUCGACAGUGCCAUCAAUCAUUUUGGCGACAGUGGUCUCACGAAUAUCUCAACACUCUGCAGCUUAGAAGUAAAUGGGGGAUGGAUACUCCUAAUUUAAAGGUGAAUGAUAUGGUUAUCAUUAAAGAGGAUCAUACCCCUCCUUUACAAUGGCGACUGGGUCGCAUAAUUAGUACCCAUCCUGGGCAAGAUGGGGUAGUUAGGGUAGUUCAGCUUAGAACUCAAGUGGGAAUAGUUACACGACCAGUGGUCAAGGUUGUUCCUCUGCCAGCCGACUAA